UGGAAUUGGAGCGUCGAGGCGAGUGGACGCGCUGGCGGAUGAUUGAUGCCCUGAACAUUGCGUAUACGUCGUGUGUGAGAGAAAGCAGAAGUGAAAGCACAGCCUGAGGACAGGAAAAAAACAGAAAAAGAAUUAAGCCGAGCUGAAGAGCGAGUGAGAGUAACAGACAUCGCCAGCGGGCGGUCCGAGGAGCCAACUUCAUUUACGUCUGAAACGCAGUUGAAAUAAACGACUUCACGACACUGGCGGAUUUCCUAAAAAAUAUCCAAUCCCUGUGGCUAACGAGCUGGCUCAGCGGGAGGACCAAGCGGAGCAUCGGAUUGGGAAUCGGAGGAACCGGCGGAACCGGUGGCCACGAGAGGCGCUCAGUCAACGUUUACACGCUCCAGCAGCCGCACAAGUUUCCGCUUCAAUUGGACGCUGGUAAUUGCAGCUUUGAUUGCCACCAGGAGCUGGACAGGAUCCGUCAGCAGCCACACACACCUUCCUCGGCGCCGGCCGAGGAAAUCUACGAAACCAAAUUUAUUGAGAGUUCAAUGGCCCAAACGAUGGACGACAUGGUCUUCCAGUGCAGCAAUCAGAAUUCGAUUUAUGUGCUUAAUGCCAGCUACGGUGCAUAUGGGGACUAUGGCACAUAUGCGGCAACAAAGCGUGAAAUAAAUGGCAGCCGGAGCAGAGCGGCAAAUCCAAUUGAGGCAACUUGCUCGAGUGGCGUCCUGCAGCAUAAAUUCAAAACUUUUGGCAGUGCCGCAGCAGCAGCAGCAGCAACAACAGCAACUACAAUGGCCAUGGAUGCGGCUGCAGCGGGAAGCGCAUCAAACUACGUAAAUCCUGUCGCUACAUCAAUGUCAACCGCAAUGUGUUCACCGGCAACGGCGGCCCUGCAAAAAUUGUUCAAUUGCAGCGUCGGCGUCGCCUGCCAAAAUGUCACCCACGCCCACAGCAACCACAGCAGCAGCAGCAACAUCAGCAGCAGCAACACCAACAGCAGCAACACCAACAGCAGCAACAACAAUGCCGCCGCGAGCAACCAUAACAAUAGGUGCCUGUCAGCGGCAGGCGGAGUAACCCAAAACGGCCGGAAUCGUAGCCGGAGUGGCGAAUCGCUCGAUGGCACAGCGGGAGUGGCUACCUCAACAGGAGGAGGAGGAGCAGGAGGAGGAGGUCCAGGAGGAGGAGCAGGAGCAGGAGGCAACCUCCCACUGAUGCCAAAGAAGAAAUGCACCAAUGUCAAAUCAGCGCUUAUUGCCAAGAAGACAAAGUUUCUCAAAUAUCUCGAAGAAGAAAAAUGGCGCAGCACCGCAGCGGUGCCGGAAGAUGCUGCUGGUGCCAUCAGCAAUGAGGCGGGGCAGCCACCGCCACCCAACUUCGGGGGCAACAACAAUGGAGGCAACUUGAAAAAUCAGAGCAACAGUCGGGAGGCUGGAAAUGGUGGAACUGGUGGAGCUGGCGGCACUGGAGGGCAGCUGAAUAAAUUGACCAACUGGAGCAUGCAUAAUGAGGACAACAACACGGCAACAACAACAGCAACAGCACUGACCAGCCAACAGCUACAACUACAACAGCAGGCGAAAUCGAGUUACGAGCUUUACCAGGAGGCAGCCGACAUUUUGGGCCUGAGUUGCAGCCUCUGUGAUAAUUGCCGAUGCCUCGACUGCCAGAGCGGUUACUUUGACUGCGAUGACGACGAUGAGAGCUACUCGGAGCAAUCGCUGAUGGACGAUGAGUACGAUGAGUUUGACUGCAGUGCGGAGGAGCUGCAGGCGGUGCUGACAGGAGGAGGAGGAGGAGUAGUCCCAGUCCCCCCCUGCUGCCAACUGGAUGCGAGCUCCCACCUGCCGCCCAAAGGGGAUUCCCCGGCGCUGACAAAUGUGGAAUCCCUGGGACAUCGGCUGGCCAUCGAUUUUGAUUUAAUUAACGCCACUUGCAGCCAAGUGCUGGAAAAUUGUGAAACAUUCAACGAUUUGAGUCUGCUGGAUGCCGGAGGAUCCGCAGGAUCCGGAGUGGAGCAGCGUCCCUUCACGUAAAUCCAGGCGGACGGCAGGAUGGCGUAGUCGCCCAAUCAGGACUCCCCCGAUUCGGACACUGCAGCUAAUUAAAGUUUAAUGUUUAACAAUGGUCAGAGCCCAUUAAUUGCAACUGACACCUUCUACAGCGGCUGCCAAUUGUAUGCGGACACGGACACACACACUCACCCCGGGUGUUUGCGUUUCAUUUAUUUUCUUAUUUUCCUAUUUUGAUUUCAAUUAAGUUCGGAGGCAAAUAGAGCACGAUAGCCGAGAACCCGGAGAGAGGAAUGAUAAAAAUGUUUUUCUGGUUAACAGGAAGCUUUCGCUGCCAUAUAUCCUACAUAAAUACGCAAUAUAUGCCGUGUAUAGAGUGGACAUUAUUAUGGACAAAACUCAAAUAGUGAGCGUGAACAAAAUAUAUAAAAUAAAUAAAUUAAUUGCGAAUUGCAAUUUCAAUUGGGAGCCGGCGAGAAAGCGGAAAUUCAAUUGCGAAAAUCAGAGACGAUUAUCAGUAAAUAUAAACCACAUAUGCAAAAACAAUGAAAAACAAAUUGUGCCAAUUUCAUAUUCAUAUAUGAAUGUUAUUCGAGUUGCAACCAAAACGAAAUACAAUCGGUUUAUUUAGCCCGUAAUCCGACAAACAACACUAUUUGAAAAUUCAAUGAAAUAUUUAUCUCGAAAUCGAUGUUCGGUAGUGCUUAAGUAUUUAAGAAUUUUCGUGUGAUGCUUUUCAUUCGUUCGAUUGAUUUCAAAUCAAAGGGAAACAUUGGAAAUACAUAUACUUGUGUUGGAAAAGAA